AUGCGGCGACGGGGAGCGGGAGCCGCCGGCAGCGCGGGCGCCCCGCAUGGCCUCGGCGGGGACCCCGGAGCAGCGGCUCCCCGGGGCGGAGCGGCCGGCGGCGGCGGCGGGGGCCGGGCGGAGGCGCCGCGGUGCCGCAGUCUGCCCGCGCUCGGCUCCCCCUGGCGGCCGGGGGGCGGCGGUGGCCCGCCGAGCCCCGCCGCGGGACCCGCUCCCGAGGCCGAGCGGGGCGAGGGCGCCGCCGCCGUCGCCGAGGCUGGCCGGCUCCCCGCCGCCGCCAGCGGCAGCGGGAGCUUCCCCUGGAAGACGGAGGGCAGCCAGCCGGCGGCGCCCGGCCGAGGGGUAUCCCUGGGCCCUCCGCUGCUGCUGCCGCCGCCGCCGCCGGCGCUGCUGCUGGCGGGCCCCCCGGGCAGAGCGUGCCUGCGGGCAGUGCUGGCGGACUCGCGCUUCUUCCUGGUGUGCAUGUGCUUCCUGACCUUCAUCCAGUCCCUCAUGGUCUCCGGCUACUUGAGCAGCGUCAUCACCACCAUCGAGCGGAGAUACAGCCUCAAGAGCUCGGAGUCGGGGCUGCUGGUCAGCUGCUUCGACAUCGGGAGCCUGGUGGUGGUGGUCUUCAUCAGCUACUUCGGGGGUCGCGGGCGGAGGCCGCUCUGGCUGGCCAUAGGGGGGCUUUUCAUCGCCCUGGGCGCUGCGCUCUUCUCCUUACCUCACUUCAUCUCUCCGCCGUACCAGAUCCAGGAACUGAACUCCUCCGUCAGUAACGAGGGCUUGUGCGUGGCCGGCAAUGGCACUGCCAAAGAGCAGUGGGACUCGUCGGCCUGCGUCAAGGACACCGGUGGAAACGACCACUCUCUCUAUGUAGCUUUAUUCAUUUGUGCCCAAAUCCUCAUUGGCAUGGGCUCGACACCCAUCUAUACCUUGGGACCAACCUACUUAGAUGACAAUGUCAAGAAAGAAAACGCCUCGCUUUACCUAGCCAUCAUGUACGUAAUGGGAGCACUUGGACCUGCAGCUGGAUACUUACUAGGAGGACUCCUUAUUGGUUUCUAUGUUGAUCCUAGGACAACUGUGUAUAUUGACCAGAGCGAUCCCCGAUUCAUUGGGAACUGGUGGAGUGGAUUUCUCCUUUGUGCCAUUGCUAUGCUCCUUGUGAUAUUUCCCAUGUUUACCUUUCCGAAAAAGCUCCCUCCUCGACAUAAAAAAAAGAAAAAGAAGAUGAACUCUGAUGAUGUGUCAAGUGAUGAUGACGUGAUGAAAGAGAAAACAAGUAGCAAAACAGAAACAGACAGUUCAGUUUCUGCCUCUAUGGGAUUUGGAGAGAAUGUUAAAGAGCUUCCAAGAGCAGCUGUCAGGAUCUUAAGCAACAUGACAUUCCUUUUUGUGAGUUUGUCAUACACAGCUGAGAGUGCCAUUGUCACAGCUUUUAUUACCUUCAUUCCCAAGUUCAUCGAGUCACAGUUUGGCAUCCCAGCUUCCAAUGCCAGCAUCUACACUGGUGUGAUUAUUGUCCCAAGUGCUGGUGUUGGUAUUGUCCUAGGUGGCUACAUUAUAAAAAAGCUGAAACUUGGUGCAAGAGAGUCUGCAAAGUUGGCUAUGAUCUGCAGUGGUGUGUCUCUGCUGUGCUUUUCAACACUCUUCAUUGUUGGAUGUGAAAGCAUUAAUCUAGGGGGAAUAAAUAUACCUUACACAACUGGUCCCACUCUUGCCAUGGCCCACAGGAACCUGACUGGAAGCUGUAAUGUUAACUGUGGAUGUAAGAUUCAUGAGUACGAGCCUGUCUGUGGAUCAGAUGGAAUAACAUAUUUUAGUCCUUGCCUAGCUGGCUGCAUCAGUGGUGGAAACCACAGCACAGGGGUCAGAAAUUACACAGAAUGUGCCUGUGUGCAGAGCCGCCAGGUGAUCACUCCGCCCACAGUGGGCCAGCGCAGUCAGCUCCGGCUGGUGAUUGUCAAAACCUACCUGAAUGAGAACGGCUAUGCUGUGUCUGGGAAGUGCGACCGAACCUGCAACACGCUCAUCCCAUUCCUCAUAUUCCUCUUCAUUGUAACCCUUAUAACAGCGUGUGCCCAGCCAUCAGCAGUCAUAGUGACGCUCAGGUCUGUGGAAGAUGGAGAGCGGCCCUUUGCACUAGGAAUGCAGUUUGUUUUAUUAAGAACUCUUGCUUACAUUCCCACUCCAAUUUAUUUUGGGGCUGUUAUUGACACCACGUGCAUGCUUUGGCAGCAGGAUUGCGGCGUACAAGGAUCUUGUUGGGAAUACGAUGUCACCUCGUUUCGUUUUGUCUACUUUGGGUUGGCAGCUGCUCUCAAGUUCGUGGGAUUCUUUUUUAUUUUCCUGGCCUGGUAUUCCCUGAAAUGUAAAGAAGAACAACUGCUGAGACAGAGUUGGAGGGCUUCACCGGUGAACACUGUGAGUGAGAUGGUUGGACAAGCUAGACCCCAGCAAAACUAUGCACGGACUAGAUCCUGCCCUACCUUCAGUUCCCAAGGAGACGUGAGUGUGGCACAAGGAAUGAACUGCUUAGCACAGACCUACCCCGGCCCUUUUUCAGAAGCAAUAAAUUCCUCAAGUGAAAAUGCAUUGGAAGAAGUCACUGUUGAGAUAUAGACCCCUGGCUUGGUAAUGUAAUAUUUAGUUUUGUUGGUUGACUUAGUUACGGCGCCUUGUAAAACACCUGUGCCUUCUAUUUUUAAUCUAAAUGUAACAUGUGAUAAAACCAACAAAGCUUGAUGCAAACAACCAUAAUAUGUUCCUGAGGGCUGGAUACCUCAAACCAACCCGAGUUCUUAUUUCUCCCCUCCUGACAAUGGAGUUUUAAAAAUUGUGUUUGUAAUUAUUUCAGAUGUGUCCAUUAAAUGUCCAUGCUCUGAUCUAAUAUCAUUGUAAAGUUGAGGUGUUACGAACAGCAGAAGUCAGUGGAAGAGUGACAAAAACUCAUAUUGUUGAUGUGUAGACUCACAAAAAUGCUUAAAUGUAUUGUCAACUUCAUAUCUGCAAAUUGUAUUUUUAAGAGAUGAGUAAUUACUGUGAGUUCUGCUACAAAGCACAACUGAACUUAUUUAAACUAUGCAACUUAUUUGGAUAAUUGUAUGUGCAGCAAAUUAAGUUUAAAGCUUGCUUUUAAAGACAUUACUGCAACUGAAUUUGAAAGGGGCUAUUUUCAGGCAUAAUCAUUAAAUUAAAAAAUAACUUAAGGUUUAAAGUACUGUUAAUAACAUGUCAAGCCAUACAAGAGUUAUGCAUCAGGUAAUGUUUGCAAAUGUUGAGUUGUAACAUCUUUAUCCUGUCAAAAUGUGCAUUAAUUUUCACCUGAUGGGAUGUAGUCAUUCUUCACAAAGUAUAUAGGAUACUGUAAUGCUUGAAGUAAAAAACUUCAGUAUUGGUUUGUAGUAACAUUAACAUCUAGGAAUCAUACACGCAUACCAGAGCAGAUAUGUGCAUAUUUCUGCAAUGUUAUUUGGGUGGCUGUUACUAGCACCAAAUCCUGAAGAAGAAAACAUCUGGUUGUAGCUUGAUAGGAAGCUUGGCUGUCCUUCAGAUCUGCAUGCCAGUCUAGUUCAGCUUCAGUGGGAAAGUCCCAAGGGAGAGCUGGUGGUCCCGUCUGGUGUCUGGGACCUGGCAGGUCCCUCGCAGCCGGUGACAGCAGAGUUCAGGCUGCAGGAGUGAGCGGAGGAGCCCCUCCAGGGGGCUGCCAGCAGCCUGCCCUCCAUGGUGCCAGCUGGGAGGCUCUCCCUGCACUCCUGGCGCCCAGGGCAGCUGGGAAGGGAGGCUGGCUCAGACCCUCUGGUUUCUGCCACACUUCUGCCUCUCCAGCUGCCCAGUGCUGGGUGGGCUGGUGGGACAGGUCCUGCUUGCGUGGUGUGUUCCACACAUGUCUGCCUUUCUUUUUCUCAGCUUCACUGAAAGCUCCUGUGAAGGCAAAGGGUGAGUUUGUCUCUCCUUUGGCACUCCGGGUGAAGAGCUAAGAAUAGAAAUUAUCAGCAAGUGUGGACUCACAGGACGUGAUGUGGCCUUUGUUUAUUCCAGAUUACUGUAGUGUGUUCCCUCCCUGGGAGAUGCUGAAACUUUCUAAUCAAAUGUGCUUGGCAUUUCAUGUCUUGCUCUGGAGGCUUUGCUCGUGAGGUACUAAUGAUGUCUCAAAGGACAGAAAAUUAUGUCAGUUGGACACUGGGAAGUCAAGGCUGCAUUGUGCCCUGCAGUGGAAGUCUUAGAAUUGUAGGAAAUGAAAAAGCAGUCUGUUAAGAGGACUCAGUGAUAGUCUGGUUUGCAAUUUGCUGAGUAGAGAACUUGUGUGAAAAUAAAUAGGAAAGAGCAGAGCUUCCUCAUAUUUUUGAACAGUUAUUCCUGAUUUAAUUUUUCAAUUUAGAACAUGUAUAUUGAUCAAACAUUACAUGGAACCAAGUCCUUGAAAAUAGAGGCAGUACUCUCCUUGGCAUCCAUUGAGUUGUCCUGGGAAGAGUAGAUUUCCCUCUCUGCCUUUGCCAACUGCCUUUUGUCAUCAUCUGGAUCUUCUUGACCAGCACAUGGGACUAGCCAUGGGGCUGCUUAUUUCAGAAUGUGUCAGUCCAUUUAUGUAGUUUGUAACAAUUCUUAUUCUUCCUGUCUGAAAACUCCAAUUCUUCUACCCCAAACAUAGAGGAAUAUUGUUUUGACCUCUUCCUACUAUUCUGUCCACAUUAACAGCCUUUUUUGGGUUAAGCCUGAGAAUGUCUUUUCCUUUUAUGCAGCCACUGGAUAUAACAUGUCCUCAGUUAGUACCCACUUCCUGAGAUAAUUGGCUUCUACACUUCUUGUCCUGAGAAAUAAAUUUCCUUGGCUCCAAGGUGUUUUUUAUAU